AUGUAUGAAAAGGGAGGUCUAUUUAUUCCUCUAUGUAAAUGAAUGAAUUUGUCUACUUCCCACUAUACUCUCUUUCCUACACAUCCACCCUUACAAAAUUCCAAAGAAAGUUCACAUGAUUUGUUUGUUUGUGAAUUCUGACUAGCAAUAAGCUCAGUUUGCCAUGACUACUACUACACUUGUCCUGUUGGUGGUUUCAUGCUGCUUCUUGUGGUUGAGUCUAUCGUCAGCAGCAAAAGUGGUUAAUCCACAGAUCACUGUCAUGGGUAUGGUUUACUGUGACAUUUGCUCCAAUAAUUCCUUCUCCAGGCACAGCUACUUCAUGCCAGGUGUAGAAGUGAAAAUAGAGUGCACCUUCAAGGCAAUGGCGACAAGGACGGCAGAACUAGUAUCAGUGUCAGUGAACAGAACUACUAACAAAUAUGGAGUUUACAGGUUGGAGAUACCUUCUGUGGAUGGAAUAGAGUGUGCUGCUGAGAAAGCAGUGGGCAAUUCCUGCAGGGCUAGCCUUAUUGGAAGCUCAUCUUCUUUCUGUAAUGUACCUGGCUCUACAAGAACCACUACUGAUGAGAUUACAAUCAAAUCUAAACAAGCAAACAUGUGCAUCUAUAGUCUCACUGCUUUGAAUUUCAGACCUUCUAAGAGAAAUGUUGCUCUCUGUGGAAAUUAGAACCUCCAACUAUCUUAUUUCCUUAUUAUAUGUCUUCUCUCAUUCCCAUUUAUAGGGAAUAUAUACUAUGUAUAAUUCAUGUCCCUUUUUAUUUCCAGUAAUCAAAAGCUAUGCUGUUAAAUACAA